CGAUUUGAUUGAUCGAUCGAUUUGAUUGAUUGAUUGAUUGAUUGAUUGAUUGAUUGAUUAAUUGAUUGAUUUGAAAAAAAAAAAAAAAAAAAAAAACACCAAUCACAACGAAGGACGCGUGGGAUGGGAGGGCAAAGAGAAGAGGGAGGACACGCGGGAGGGGAGGGCGGAGAUAAGAGGGAGGACGGGGGAAAGAGGAGGGUGGAGAUAGGGGGAAGGACGGGCGGGAGGGGAGGGCGGAGAGGAGGGGGAGGACGGGCGGGAGGAGAGGGCGGAGAUAAGGAGGAGGAUGCGCGGGAGGGGAGGGCAGAGAGAACAAGGAGAACGGGGAAAAGGGGAGAAGAGGAGGAGGAGUGGAGGAAGAAGAAACCGAAGAGGAGGGAGAAGAAGAAGAGGAGAAGGAGGAGAAGGAGGAAGAAGCAGCGCACAGGGAAGAAGGAUGAGGAGGAGGAGGAGGAGGAGGAGGAGGAGGAGNGAGGAGGAGGAGGAGGCAGAGGAGGCAGAGGAGUAAGAGGAGGAAGUGAAGGAAGAGGACGAGGAGUUGACGGAGGAAGAAGAAAAAGAGGAGGAGGCGGAGGAGGAGGAGGAGGAAGAGGAGGAGGAGGUAGAAGAUGGCGAAGAAGAGGAGGAGUGGAGGAAGAAGAAAACGAAGAGGAGGGAGGAGAAGAAGAGGAAAAGGAGGAGGAGGAGGAGGAGGAGCUAGAAGAUGACGAAGAAGAGGAAAGAGGAGAUGGAGGAGGAGGAAGAGGAGGAGGAGGUAGAAGAUCACGAAGAAGAGGAGGAGGAGUGGAGGAAGAAGAAAACAAAGCGGAGGGAGAAGAAGAAGAGGAGGAGGAGGAGGAGCAAGAAGCAACGCACAGGGAAGAGGGAUAGGAAGAGGAGGAGGAGGAGGAGGAGGAGGAGGCAGAGGAGGCAGAGGAGGAAGAGGAGCAAGUGGAGGAAGAGGACGAGGAGGAGUUGAAGGAGGAAGAAGAAGAAGAGGAGGAGGAGGAGGAGAAGAGGGACACGACGAGGAAUAGGAGGAGGAAGGAGAAAACGAAGAGGAGUGGAGGAGAAGAGGAGGAGAAGGAGGAGGAGGAGGAGAAGGAGGUAGAAGAUGACGAAGAAGAGGAGGAGUGAAGGCAGAAGAAAACGACAAGGAGGAGUAGGAGGAAGAAGAAGAACGAGGAGGACUAGGAGAAGGAAGAAGAGAGGAGGAGGAGGAAGAGGAUAACGACGAGAGGGAGGAGGAAGAGGAGGACGACGACAAGGAGAAGAAGAAUAAGGAAGAGGAAGAGGAAGAGGAAGAGGAGAAGGAAUAAGAGGAGGAGGACAUGGAGGGUGGUUAAGGGGGGACGACUUGUCUUACUUGGCGGGGGAGAACGAGGCUGAGCGAUCUUAGGCGAAGGCAGCGGCGAUGCUCGAAGCUCGGGGACGAGACGACCAUCAGGCAGCGCGGCUGUGGGGCGACGGGCCGUUGGUGGGGAGGAACGGGCAGGCCUCAGGCAGUACACCAAGCACAGUCCGAGACGGGGGCUGCGCGAAUCAAAAAAGGCCCGAUGU